GUCAACCAUUGUCACCUUCCAUCCUGCAACACUCUUUACCUUCGUAGAAAAAGAUUGCAACAAAUAAAUCUCCAUAAAAACCCACAAAGACUCUAAAAUCCUCUAAAAAACUUCUUCCAACGUCUUCAUUUUUCAACUUAUUCAUCAACCCGACCCGACUAACUUGGUUCUGAAGAUUCAUAGAUCACGAGUUCUCUUUAAAUACCCUUAAAGAGAUUCUUAAACCUUUUGAAACCCCAUUAGUCAUAUAUCAUCUUCAUCUUCUUCAUCUUAUCCAGUUGAUCAUUGGUUGUACGUAAUAGCUCCCAAACACUUAAUUACCCGAUACAACCCAACAAAGAAAGAUGAAUUUAUAUGGGAAAAGUGGGAGCUUGAUCAUGUUGGCCAUUUUAAUGGGGGUUUGUGGGAAAACCGAAGGUGCAACAGUGACAUGUGAACCUCAAUAUGGGUUCUUGCCAUGCACAAGUGCUCCUUGGGGAAGCCUAUUCGUGAUCGUGGUUUAUCAGUAUUUGAUGUCUGUGGGUCAAAGCUAUAUUUCGAAUGGAUCGGAUAAGUUCUUCAGCCUUAUUGGACCGGGUAUCUUUGGUGCCAGUUUCUUCCAUAUUCUUGCAAACUUUCCUAUGCUUUUCCUCAUCCUUGAGUCGGGAUUAUCGAACGACGCCCAAGGUGCAUCUUUUAGUGCAGCAAUGGGAAUGAAUGUGUUGGCAGGAUCAGCAGUCAUGAGCCUGACACUCAUUUGGCCAUCUGUCAUAGCUUUCGGAAGCUACGAUCUUGCAGACGACGAUGACACCAUCUCACCACAAUCUUCGGAAGAAGAGCCAUCAUUUUGUACCAAAUUAACAGCAUAUGGACUUACAACUGAUGGUGAAACAAGCUUCACUGCGACUGUUAUGCUCGUUUCAAUGAUCCCAUUUCUCAUUCUUCAACUCCCAAAAAUCAUAAAUGUUGAUUCGGUAACCCAAGUGAUAGAGCUAAUCACCCUCAUCAUCACGUUGGCUUUCUUCGUUGCAAACGCUGUGUAUCAGAUCUUCCGACCAAUGAUUCAAAAUAGAAGAUUCGACUACGUGAGGCAAAAAUUUGUCAAGAACAAAUUACUUAAACUACUCUCUACAAACGGAAAGGCAAAUGUGCAACUUAUCAGAGAAGUUUAUAAAGGACUUGACAAAAAUCACGAUAGUAAAGUGACAAGUGCUGAGUUGAAAACUUUACUUAUGGGAAUACAAGUACAAGCGGAUGGUGAUUUAAGUGAGGAUCUUGUAGAAAGAGUCAUGGAUCAACUUGACCUCUCAGGUGAUGAAUCUAUUCAAGAGGAAGAGUUUGUUACAAUUAUAACAAAAUGGCUCCAGGAUGCAAGGAAAUCACUCUCUAAAAACGAUUAUAACCCUCUGAACUUCUUCACCACACCUCAAGUAGUGGUUGCAGAUGAAGAACAACAAGAGGCUUUGAUUCCUACUACCACACAAGUUACUGUUGAUCAAGCCUCUAUUUGGGAGUAUUUAGAGGCUUUGGCUUUGGUACUUGUUGGAACUAUUGUCACAGCUCUCAUUGCACUACCACUCAUAAUGAAUGUUGUGAGUUUUGCUAGUGCCACAGGCGUUCCUUCCUUCCUCAUUCCAUACUUUAUAAUACCAUGUGCCAUAAACAUACCACGUCUCUUAUCAACAAUUAAUUCAGCAAGCCAAAAGACUCAACGAGCUGCAUCUUUAACUCUUUCUCAGAUCUAUGUGGGAGUGUUCACGAGUAAUAUGAGUAGUUUGGCAUCAUUUUUGUUAAUUGUGUACAUAAAAGACGUGCCAUGGGAUGUGUCUGCUGAAGUUUUGGUUGUGUUGGUAAUUUGCGGGGUGAUGGGAGUUUUCACAAGUACAAGGACGGUUUUCCCGCUUUGGACAGGUUAUGCAGUUUAUCUAUUGUAUCCUACAUCGUUAAUUAUGCUUUAUCUUCUUACGUCUGUUUGGGGUUGGACAUAGGCGAGAUCGAUAUUAUAUCUUAAUUUUAUGCGACUUUUCAUUCUAUUACAUUGUAUUUUCAAUUAUGUAGUCAUUUAUAACAAAUAUUAUUGUGUUCGUAUGUUGUAAAUGUUGAAUUUAUAUCUUGUAAUAUCAAUUUGUAGUA